AUCAAAACAAAAAUGGCGAAGGAUGAGCUAACCACCGAAAACAUUGACUAUGUUCGAAAAGGAUUCGAGAAGAAAUAUGCAGACAACCUGAAGAAGAAUGAUGUGUAUGACAAGCGAGAUGUAGACAGAUUGAAGGAGAGCGAUGAUUAUGUCAAGACAUUCAUCAGAGGCAAGGAGAGGCUAGACGAGGCGGUUGAUCUGGUCCAUGAGUCACUGAAGUGGAGAUUAGAUUGGCAUAUAAACGAUGUGACCGAGGACAGCUUUGACAGAUGGGUGUGGGACAAAGGGGCCUUAUUUUUCCAUAACGUAGACAAGGAUGGCCACAAAAUCUUGACUAUCCGGGUGUGUCUCCACAAGAAGGACCCCCAGACCCUGCCCAUCAUCAAGCGGUUGUUCUCCUAUCACCUGGAGCAGCAUUUCAAGGAAACGCCACACGAGCAGGUGGUCAUCAUGUUCGACAUGCAGGAUGCCGGACUCUCUCACCUGGACAUGGACCUCGUGAAGUACGUCAUCAACAGCUUCAAGUACUACUACCCCUGUAUGCUGGCAUACAUGCUGAUAUUUGAGAUGCCUUGGAUCUUGAAUGCUGCGUGGAAAGUGAUAAAGACUUGGCUGAGUGCGGAGGCGGCGGCUAAGAUCAAGUUUGUGACGCGGAGUGACAUUCAGGCCUACAUCAACAAGGACCAGCUGGUGGAGCACAUGGGGGGCACGGAUAAGUUCAAGUACAAGUACGUUCCCAGUGCUAGUCGGACUGAGGGGGAUGGAAGCGCUACCGUCAACGCCAGGAAGAGGAGCAAAGAGGUAACUUUUGCAGAUCAAGAUCCAGCUGUGUUCAGAAGUGUAGACAAAGAGGAAAUCAACACAAAUUCUAAUGCAAAGGAGAAUAAACCCCUCACACUGAAUCUGUCUCCUGCAAACUCACGUUCCCCGCGAACAAGCCCCUCUCCGAUGGCUCGGAAACAACAUAGAGAUGAGAACUCCUUCAUCGGCAGACUACUCACUGUCAGUCCUGCCGAGGAGCUGGAGUUUAAUGUUGAUGAGAAUGGCCGUGAAUCUUUUGACAUUAUAUCUCUCACCAACACACUUCCGUAUGCAGUGGCAUACAAGGUGAAGACAACGUCCCCCGAGAAGUACCGUGUGCGCCCCAGCUCGGGGGUUGUGAAGGCUGGAACCUGUACAGAGGUGUACGUCUACCUGCAGGCAGGCUACCAGAACAGCACCAUCCAGAAGGACAAGUUCCUCAUCAUGGGAAUGGAUGUGACGGAUGACAACUGCACCAUCAGCGAGUUGUGGAAGUCUGUACCCAGGGACAGCAUCAUGGAACACCGACUGCGCUGUGUGUAUACAGCCAGCAAGGGCUCCCCCGACACACCCAUCAAGGAAAUACCCCUGUCAAUGCCGGACAAAGUAGCACGCAUGUCAAAACAGAUGGACGAACUUGUUACAAGUCACAGCAGCCUGGAGAAGCGUGUUCAGUGGCUGGUCUGGUCACAGAUACUCAUGGUGAUUGCUGUGAUAACUGCUAUUGUAGCCAUGUACUUCUUUGAGACAUCUCCAGGUGGAAAAUACGGCUCUUGUGUUUCGUCACUAUUCUAACACAUCAUUUCACUGUCAGGCAAAUAAAAUGUAGCAAAUUCUUGUAUAAAAAUCGACCAGCAUUAGGACCAGUUAAACUGAAAUAUAUUGAAAGGAAAUUUAUGUUGACUCACAUUUUUAUUUUUAUGGUUGUGUGAGAUAUUCUUAUCAUUAGAGCUGAUAUUUUGUGUCAAAUAUAUGUUGAAAUGUGUUCUUUCUUAUUUCAUUGUAAGAUUGCCUGAAAAUUCAAAAUUUGAAUUAUUUAACAGAGAAUUCUGACUUGCAAGUAUCACAUAUUUGGAUUGAAAUGAGGUCAUAAAAGAUAUAUUUUUUAAAAAGAGACAGGUGCUUGCUAUGGAUCAUUUAAGCAUUUUGCAAAAGCAUUUAGGAAACCAAAAAUAAUGUAUGAAAUUUGUCAAAAACAUUAAACAAUAAUUUCUUUGUAUGUGACAAAUGCAGAAAAACACUCCUGAAAUUUUUGUGGAGAAUCCUGUAAUAUAAGUGACUAUUUUUCUUCAUACUAAGUUGUUAAAAUAAGAGGAAUAAAACUGGAGAAUAGAAAAGAUAUUUAUCUGUAGUUUUGAAUUUUUUAUGAUCUGAAGGGAAUAUUUUUACAUGCAAUAGUUUCUAUAUUUGAAAUCCAUUUAGAUUUCUCCUGUGAUAUUUAUUUAUAAUGUAAAACAUUUCAUAUAUAUUGUCCAUGCAAGUGCUUGCUAGAACAGUUUGCCGAGAGAAGAAAAUUCAUAUUGUUGGCAUUUGAAAUUCGGUGGACCAGUGUAUGUUUGCCCACGGAAGAUCAACAACUGCUCAAGUUCACAAACAUGACAAUGUUUUUAGUUUGUUUUCCCAACCCAGAGACAGGGUUCCUUGGCAGAACUGACUGUAUACAUUAAUGGUCACAGCUGUUAUUGUUGUUGCAGGAUUCCUAAACUGAUGCUGCCCAGCGCCAUCAGAUUAGCUCUUUUAGUUGUUACAGCAUCUUUAUUUUGUACACUGCGACAUUUUGUUGUCUGUACCGAUGCCUCUGUCAGGAAUCGAUUGUUGAAGAUUUAAGAAGAGGGAUGAUAAUAAAAGAAAUGCAAUCUAGAUAAGUACAGCCUGCGUUGUGACAAUUGUGCAAUUCAAAUAGCUUAUCUAGGAUUGGUUUUCUGUCAGUGAAAGUCUGACUUUCAAGGGUUUUGCACUUCAUUCCAUAUCUGUGUUGGAACACCACCAUAAUGUUCAUUCCAGUUGCUCUACACUGGCUACAGGCAUAAUAAGAUCUGUAUGCAGUGUCGAUCAUAUAUUUGAUAUUCAGCUGAUUGAUAUUUCAAAUCAGUUUGGUCAUUUUGAGUCUGAUAUUAACAAUAUUUUCUUGAAAUUUGUCAGCACCAUACACAUGCUUGUGGGUUGCACCAAAAUAGUAAAUGUCUGUAUCACUUCAGGCUUUUCUCACACAUUUAUAAGCUGACAGGCCAUGAUAUAACUGGAAUACUGUUCAAAGAGGCGUUAAGCCCAACUCACUCACACACUCUAGAAGUUUUGUUUGUUUUAUGGUCAGGCAUCACAUACAUUAAAAAUCUUUACUUAUAAGAACAGUUGAAAAGUUAAAUAUAAAAUAUAAAAUAUUUAGUAAAUGCAUCAGAAUGUUAUGGUCACAGUUUCAUGAUGGGCAAUAUAACGUGGCCAUGUUUCACAAAGUGAUCUUAGCGCUAUGAUGAUCGUCAGUCUAUGUUAGUGUGUGGGAGCUCUGAUCACUAUAGCAGAUCACUUUAUGGAAAGGGGCCCUGUACUGUCCACACUUCCUACCCUUGAUUCAUACAAUGUUGGGCACACUAUCUUUAUACAGCAAAAAAAACAAAUGUGAAGGAUAUUUUGUCAGUGCACUGACCCGUGGGUCUACAACAGUUUCAUGUUUCUUGUAUUUACCAAGGCCUCUCUUUUGUAACUACAGUUAUAACAAACACAAAUGGACCACUAAUUCAGUUUGUUAUAACUGUAGUUCGUUAUAAGCAUAAAUACAACAUCUAUACAGCAAUGCCCAGGACCAAAGAUUAAGUUUGUUAUAUCCGUCAGUUCGUUAUAAACGUAUCUUACUGUACUUGGUUUACUGAUGUAUUUUCAACAUGUUGGAAGUCAUUGGAGAUAAAAUUGCAGUUUUUGUGAAUGUUUAAAAGGCUAUAUAAAAAAGCACAACUAGCUAUUUAUAUUAAUUGCAGGACAAGGUGUUACUUUCCUUCCAACAGAGGUUUUGAUACUGACAUUUGUCAACAGACUCAAUGUGAGAAAUAUUGUUUUCUCUAAGAAUUAGAUUUUUAUUCAACAUUGUGAAAUUCUUGGUCUUAAGAUCUGUGAACCAAGACAAAAUGUCCUGAUUUGUUAUGAUUGAAUGAAAAGCUGUGAUGGAAGAUGAUGAGAGUCAGAACAAAUAAAUUGUUACAUUAUGCC